AUGUCGAACAAUGCAGAUGGUGCCCGGUUGAUUUGCGCAGCAGGCUGCAGACCCGAUCUGAAGGAUUUCUUCGGUUUCUCUCCUUUGGAAUAUGCCUGCGGAAAGGGUUCGGUUGCUGUGGUUCAAGAGCUUCUGUCUCGGACAGCUCUGACAACAGAACUUUUAUCGAGGUCUUUGUUCUUGGCCAUGUCAGACGAGGGGGGUACUGCAGAGCUGGCAUUUCGGCUUCUUGACUGUCGCGCAGAUGCCAACUUCCAGUGGAACGAGCCCUUGACCACUCUGUUUGGAGCUUACCUCUGCUUUAAGCGCAUGCAGCACAGAGCGGGGCGAAUCUCUACAGCUACCACGGCAGCCGUAGAACUGUCCGGCGGCACGCCUUUGAUGGCUGCAGUACUUGCAGGCCAGUACGAGGGCGCUGCUGCGCUUUUAAUUGCAGGAGCCAGAGCGGACUUGCAAAAUCAACGAAGCCGAACAGCUGAAGACCUUGCUCGAGACGGCUGUGCACCGUUGUUCCUGAUGGAUGCACUGCAAGGGCAAACAGCAGAUUGUGAGCGAGUGAUCGAUUCGGCACUCACAGUGGCUGUGCAUUUCUGA